CAGCAAAAGCUGGCUUCUUGCUCUUCGAGAGUGUUUCCCAUUUAAACAAACACAGUGCUGAAGAUGGCGGAGAGUUAAUAGGGAAAAGAAGAAGCUAUUGGUGCGCUCACAGAUAAAUAUCUAUUUGACUCCAGGGUAGAAGACCAGUAGACCAGUCCAGCACCAUUAUCUCCAGGAGAGAAAUUGUCUCAUCCACUCCAGGCUCCGUCACAAGGUGCUGAUAUGUGUACACGAUGAGCGGACUGGGGGACAACUCCAUGGAGCCUCUGAGCUCGGAAAACCGAAAACGCAAGCUCUCCACCUGCGACACGCCCAGUCUGGGGUGUGAGCGGAGGCGGCGGGAGCAGGAGACUAAAUACAUAGAGGAGCUGGCCGAACUGAUCUCUGCCAACCUCGGUGACAUCGACAGCUUCAACGUCAAGCCAGACAAGUGUGCCAUCCUCAAGGAGACGGUGCGCCAGAUCAGACAGAUCAAAGAGCAGGGCAAAGCGUCCUCCAACGAUGACGAUGUACAGAAGUCGGACGUGUCCUCCACGGGACAGGGGGUCAUAGACAAAGACCACCUCGGGCCGCUCCUGCUGCAGGCCCUGGAUGGUUUUCUGUUUGUGGUGAACCGGGAGGGCAGCAUAGUGUUUGUGUCUGACAACGUGACCCAGUACCUGCAGUACAAACAGGAGGAGCUCAUCAACACUUCCGUCUACAACAUCCUCCAUGAGGAUGACAGGGAGGAGUUCCACAAGAACCUGCCCAAGACCAAUGUUAAUGGGGUGUCCUGGGGGGGGGAGGCGCCACGUCAGAAGAGCCACACCUUCACCUGCCGCAUGCUGGUCAAGUUUGGCCACACCCACGGACAUGUGGAGGAGGGACCAGGAGGGCCGCGCUACGAGAUCAUGCAAUGCUUCGCCUUGACCCAGCCCAAGGCCAUGAUAGAAGAGGGGGAAGACCUGCAGUCGUGUAUGAUCUGUGUGGCCCGUCGUGUGACUGCUGUGGAGAGAACAGAGAGCUUCAACACCCGGCACGAGCUUUCAGGUAAGCUGAUCCAGAUAGACCAGAACUCUUUGCGUGCGUCCAUGCGUCCUGGCUGGGAGGACCUGCUGAGGCGCUGUAUCCAGAUGUUCCUACAGCACAGUGACGGACAGCCCUGGUCCCACAAACGCCACUAUCACGAGGCCUUCCUACAGGGUCACGCUGAGACCCCCCUGUACCGUUUCUCUCUCUCGGACGGCACCCCUGUCACGGCCCAGACCAAGAGCAAGCUUUACCGCCACCCCAUGAGCAACGAGGCCCAGGGCUUCAUAUCCACCCACCUGCUACAGAGGGAGCAGCAUGGCUAUCGCUCUGCCCAGGGCGGGGGCCUGAUGCCAGGGCCUAUGAGGCAGCAGGGCAUGGGGGCCCCCAACCCCAACACCCAGAUGAACAUGCCCCCUGGUGGAGGCAUGGGGGGUAUGAACCGGGGCUACGGGCCCAUGAAUGAACAGAGCCACAUGGGACAGAUUGGAGGGGGUUCAAUGUACGGAGGGAAUGGAGGUGGUGGUAGCGGCAGGGGAGGCAUGGGCAACAGAAUGAUGCAGAUGAAUCAGAUGGGCCAGAUGAACCAAAUGAAUCAGAUGGGUCAUCAGAUGAACCACCCAGGUCCAGGGAACCACCCUGGCAUGCAGCAACAUCAGCUACCCCAGCAGCAACAUCAGCAACCCCAGCAGCAACAUCAGCACCCCCAGCAGCCCCCUUUCCAGAGCAGUGGGGGGUAUGGAAUGGGGGGUAUGAACAGCCCCUUGGGGAGCCCCCGGAUGAUUGGCCCCCAGCAGGGGCUCCUGAUGUCCCCCCGAAACCGAGGCAGCCCCAAGAUGGGUGCCAGUCAGUACUCACCUGGAGGCAUGCACUCCCCCAUGGGCCCUCAUGGAGGAGGAGGAGGUGGGGGAGGAGGUAGCACCUCUUUCUCCAGCAGCUCCCUCAACGCCCUGCAGGCCAUCAGCGAGGGGGUCGGGAGCUCCCUCCCCUCCACCCUCACCUCCCCCUCCCCGACCAACAAACCAGACAGCUCCCCCAGCGUACAUUCCUCCUCUCAGUCCUCUCAGCCCAGUCAGCCGGCCAAAUCAGGCCCGGACGGCUCCAAAAGUCCAACAGGAGGCCUGGGUCCUGCGCCCGGCGUGCACCACCACCCACUCCACCAACACCACCACCCACACCCCCAGUCCGAGAGCUCCGGAGACAGGUUGGACAGCCAGGCCAUGGCAGGCAGCAAGGAGCCCAGAGAGGGGGCCAGCGAGGCCGGGGUGGCCAGCUUAGAACCCACCCAGAGAGUCCCAGACAGUAAGGGCCAUAAGAAGCUGCUGCAGCUGCUGACCUCCCCCACUGAGGAGCUGGGGUUAGGGGGAACUGGCCCCGCCUUGCCCUCUAUACCUCCCCCACCAGGCAGCAGCAACACCCCAGCAGGGUCCGACAUUAAGGACCCCACAGGAGGCAUGGCCAGCCCUUCCUCUGCUGCAGUCUCCUCCUCUUCCUCAGCCUCCACCAGUCAGGGCCAGGCGUCGGGCGCGGCUCUGGCCAAUGCUCUGGCCUCUGCCCACUACACGGCGUCACUGCAGGAGAAGCACAAGAUCCUCCACAAGCUGCUACAGAACAGCAACACGCCCGACGAGGUGGCCAAGAUCACGGCCGAGGCCACUGGGAAGGUGACCCUGGGGGGCCAGGAGGUCCCACGGGAGGUGGGGGCUGGAGGAGCAGGAGGAGUGACAGAGCCCAAGCAGGAGCAGCACAGCCCCAAGAAGGAGAAGACCCACGCGCUCCUCCACUACCUCCUCAACAAGGAUGACACUAAAGAGCCAGUGGAUGUGAAGCCCAAGCCUGAGGAGCUGGAGGGAAAGGGGCCCCCAGGAGCACCUGCCGGCCUCCCACCCAGAGGACCUGGCGCUGGACCCAGCCACACAACUGAACACACAGAGAACAAGAUCAAGUCAGAGCCGCCUGAUGAGUUGGACAACCUGGAGUCCAUCCUGGGAGGUUUGAGGGGUUCUGGCUCUGAGUUCUACCCCGAGCAGGGAGGAGGAGGGAACAAGGCCCAGGGUUGCCUCGAUGAGAACCUGCAAGGGAGUCCGGGGAUGGCCCCUGGCCCACGUGGGCCCUUCCAGAGGGCCAUGUCAGCAGACGCCAAGCCUCCUGGGGGUCCUGGAGCGGCAGGGAGGCGCCCCAUGCUCAUCAAACAGGAGAACAUGAUGGGCAGCACAGACGGAUACCCAGGGAACAUGGGUGUGUGUCCGCGAGGCGUUGGAACAAGGCCGAUGAACAGGGGCAUGGGGGUUCCCCAGCGCUCUCCCAUGGGGGGGUCAGGGGAUUGGGGGAUGCCUCGCUCCUGCGCCAGCCCCGUGGGCUCAGCCGGUCACCCCUCCAUGAGCCGUCCUGGCAUGGACUACAACUCCAAAGGCAUGAUGGGAGGGCCCAUGGUGGGCAGGUCCAACAGUGUUCCUGGCACCAGAUCAAUGCUGCAGCAACAGCUAAUGGACAUGGGAGGUUCUGGUGAGGUGGGGAUGGGGAUGAGUCCGUUCAGUCAACAGGGCCAGCCUAACCAGUCUCCGUCCUGGUCUGACAGUGUGAUGGGUAUGGAGGGAAACCACAGCAGGCGUCAGUUUGGGAAUGCCCUGGAUGAGCUCCUGGCUCCGCCCACCACCAGCGAGGGCCAGAGUGACGAGCGGGCGCUGCUGGACCAGCUGGACUCUCUGCUCAACAACACGGAUGGCAUCGCACUGGAGGAGAUCGACCGGGCCCUGGGCAUCCCCGACUUGGUCAGCCAGGGCCAGGGGCCAGAGCAGCAUGGUGAGCCCUUCCCCGGCCAGGAUCCCUCCAUAGUGCUGGAGCAGAAGCCUCUGUACGGCCAGGGGUACCCCGGACCCCCCUCAAUGGCCAUGCAGUCAGCCUACGGGGGCCCUAUGCAGGGCCAGCCCCAACAAGGGGGCUUCGGCCCCAUGCUCUCCCAGAUGGGCCAAGGGGGCAGAUUCCCAGGGAUGGGAGGCAUGGGGGGUAUGGGUCACCCCCGUGCUAACAUGAUGAGACCCAGGAUGAUGAGUGCCACCAAACCCAUGAGGCUCCAACUGGCGCAGAGACUACAGGGCCAACAGUUUAUGAGUCAGACUCGGCAGGGGAUGGCCAUGAAGAUGGAGAACCCUGGAGCGGGCAACCCUGGCAUGAGGCCGGGUAUGCAGCCUGGCAUGGGGGGACAGCCUGGCUUCCUGAAUGCCCAGAUGAUGGCCCAGCGUAGCAGGGAGAUGGUGACCAUGCAGAUGAGGAGACAGAGGAUGAUGAUGCUAAUGCAGCAGCAACAGCAGCAGGCAGCAGCAGCAGCAGCCGCCGCAGGGGGGUUCAGCCCCCCUCCCAACGUCACCGCCCCCGUCGGCAUGGACACCCCUAUGGGAGGCCCCAACCUGGGCCCCCAGCAGUUUGGCUACGGGGGAAACUACGGUAUGGCUCAGCAGGGUGACCCGUCGUUCGGCCCUGCGGGCAGCAGCCCCCCCAACGCCAUGAUGUCAGGCCGCCUGGGUCCUCAGAAUCCUAUGAUGCAACCGCAUCCCCAGGGUGGACCCAUGUACCAGAGCGCAGACAUGAAGGGCUGGUCGCAGGGAGGCAUGGCCCGCAACAGCUCGUACCCCCAGCAGCAGUUUUCCCAACAGGGCAACCCGGGGCAGCAGCAGUUUGCCCAGCAGGGCAACCCAGGACAGUACGGGGGCAUGAUGAUGAACGGGGGCAUGCCUUCCAACGGAGGGGGGGGCCAUAUGGGGCAGAUGGGGAUGAACCCCAUGGUGAUGGGACGUAUGCCGAUGGGGCCUGAUCAGAAAUAUUGCUGAACCUGAGACAGAGGCGUGUGGUGGAACAGAAACAGACUCACUGUGAUCCUUUCAGAGAGAUGAGUGCAGUGCUCUGUGUGUGUAUUGUGUCUGUGUGUUUGUCUGUGUGUGUGUGUGUGUGUGUCUGUGUAGCACUCUACUCCCACCAGUUGGGGCUGCUGCUCCUCUGGACUCGAGGCCAGUGUCGGCAGUCUCACAGCUGGAGGAAAACAGACAGAGAAUACACUAUUCUACUCUCACUUACUGUACAUGAGACACACUAUGACACACCAAUGCACACACCCCAAAACAUCCAUGUAUCUAAAGAGACAUUGUGACACACAGACACAAACUGACGGAUAGCCAUUAGAAGACAUCCUCUAUCUCGUGGGAUGUGACUACCAUCAUGCCGUGUUCACCCCUGGCCGUGGGAAUUCUCUCUCUGCUUCGGAACGCUAUGGGAGAAGACAGUGUUUCCUAGUUCUGGUCCUGGAGGACCACUGUGUAUGCAGACCACGCAUCCCAUCCAGUCUCAGAAUCCACACUUAAUGAAUGACAUAUAUAGUCCAUUGCUGGAGAAGGUGGGAGUUGAUUGUAAUCACUGAUAGAUACAUGGUCAGCUAUUUUCACAUCCCCCUAAUGGUUAAGAUUAGGGAACCCUGAUCCUAGAUCUGUGGUUAGGAGCAACUUCUACCUCUAUAAGGUAUAUUACUGUACUGAUGAGCAGGCAUGUAGUCAAUGGCAUGUAGUCAACUCAGAAGUAAGUAAUUAAGAGUCAGCAUCCAUACACAGUGGUCCUGCAGGAGACUGGGUUAAGGUACGACAGAAAUAAAUACUAGUUGGCUGUGGUUGCACUUUACAGAAAGGCUGUCCUCAAAAGGAUUGUGGCAAUAUUUAUUGGCCAAUAAUUAAUGCAGAACAGCAAAUCUUCUUAAGUUUUUGUUUUGUUUUUGUGUUUGUCAAAGGAUGGGGAUUAUUUUGAUUGGAAAUGGAUUACUGUGACGAUCAUUAUUCUAAAUGGUUAACAAAUGGAAAGGCAGUAAGCACAGAUUUUAUAGAACACUUUCUUCUGCAGUGUGUUGAUUAUGGGGAAGUUAGUGGAUGAAAAAGGUUCCGAUUAUUAAAGCAGAUCCUUAAAAUGUACUGACCUAUUUCAGAGUGCACAGUUACCCUCAUAUUUAUACAACUAUUCAUAAAUGUAAAUGAGCAUUUUAAAAACGAAUGUGUAUAUUGUAUUUUUAAGGAGGAAUUUGUAAGAUUUACGUCUUGGUUACCUCAUGGAACACUUAAUAGCAAUUUGUUGCCAGUUAUUGAAUGAGUUGAUUCCUAAAUUAAUCCACACACUGUGAAAGAAAGUGUUUCCCCCGAUUUUAGUGUAUGUUUAUGCAGAUUUCUAGCAAUAAUCCUUCCUCUUGGUUCUCCUGUGAGGGCAAAGUGAAGGACCAUUUACUCAAAGCGAUGGUACUGCAGUAUUAGGAUGUGACUCGUCUCGUUUGGAAUUUUUGCUUUUGUCUGUGAAUACAAAUUGUAAAUAUGCUUCAAAUGUAUUAUAUAUAUAUAUGCUUUUGUAGGUCACAUACUGUUUUUGCAGAGAUUGUAAGGCUUGAUAUUUAAAGUAUAAUUUUCUUAUUCUAUCAUAGGUCAAACAACUUUUAUUUUCAAUACUUCAACCAUGGGCGAAAAGGAAGGGGGUCUUUCUUUGAUCAAUACUGAAAUACUUUGGUUCAGGUUCAGUUUCUCUCAGAAAGCUACAACUGCCACUUUUGUUCUUUCAGAAAGCACUUUUUUAAAUUUGUGAUCUAUAAAUCAUACAUUUCUCAUUUUCAAAGACAUUUGCGUAGAUUUAGAGGUGCUUGUGUGAUCCUGUCAUUUUCUAUCAAUAGAUGUUUAAUUCAAAAGAGCAAACAAACACACACGAUGCCUAAAAGAGGUGACGUGAUUGUGUUAGGCUUAGGGGGGUCCAUGUUUCAUACCAGUGUGUGGAUUGAUAUUUUUAGAUAGGGCCCUAUGAGUCCAAUGGCUCUAGUUCCAUUCCUUAUAAUUCCAUACUCUGUUAUUGGCUAGGCUACUUAACAGCAACUAUGUGCUCACAGAUAGGCUAUUAUAGACCACCUAAAGCCAUUGCAAUAUCAAAACUGCUUUUCUGGUUUUCUUCCCUUCCAUUGGGCAGAGAUACUGGGUUGUGGUGGUCAGUUUUACUGUAUGUAGGUUUUUGAGUUACGGUCUUGAUCACUGCGGUUGGUUCUAUUUGUGGCUUUGCUUUUUGAAGUCAGCUCAUAUUUAGGGAGGCUGUCUGGCUACACUAGAUGGUGAUUUGGAUUCCCUCCCUCUGUCUGGUCCUUGAAGGUUAUUUGGGGACAUUUUACAGUGGCUUGCGAAAGUAUUCACCCCCCUUGGCAUUUUUCCUAUUUUGUUGCCUUACAACCUGGAAUU